AAACAAUUUUUGGCAUCGACUAUAAAAUUGAACUGAAAAGAAAACAAUUUAAUUCGAUGUAAACAAAACAAAAAUCUCUAAUAUAUAUUCUUUGAUAUAAUUAUUUAAACAAAAAGAGCUUAAAAUUUCUAUAAUUCAUAUCAAAAUGGCUGCUGCCCAAUGCAUUGAACCAUCUACAAGUUGCUUAAAUACAUUUUCUGAUGAUAAUAUUAUUCUAAAUUAUAAAAUGUUGAAGCCUUUGGAUGAUGCUCUUCGUUGCCGAAUUUGCGACGAUUAUUUUAACAGCUGUAUGAUGACUAAAUGCAAUCACAACUAUUGUUCAGUUUGCAUAAGGCGAUAUAUGACAUAUAAGUCACAAUGUCCAACUUGUUUCCAGGAUGCCGCGGAGCCUGAACUUCAAAAUAAUCGACUAGUUGAUGAAAUUUUACGACUGUAUAAGAAAUUUAGAGGAGUUGAUGAUGAGAAAGCACAUGUGUUGAAGACUCCUGAUUUACCAGCUUGUUCUCCUUAUGUGAAAGAAUCCUCUUCAGACUCUCAAUCAACUAGCUCAAUGCUUUCACAGAGCACUAGUACAAGCACCGAUGAGCCUUUCACGCCCCGUGUAAAAAUUGAAAUACCUGAUGACAAAGGUGCACUUACAGAUUCUAUGCACAUUUCUAUAAAAAAGGAACCAGAUUUUGAUGAAGUUACCUGUCCUGUUUGUUAUAAUGCUGUCCUUGGUCUUACUAUAAAUGCUCACUUAGACAGCUGUUUAAAGCAGCAAUUUGAUGAUGGCAGGCGCAAAACAUUGCCUAAACUGGUAUAUCAUCUUCUCACAGACAAAGAAAUUAAAAUGAGAUUAAGGGAACACAAACUACCUGUAAACGGAGAUAGACAGGCUUUAAUUCGUCGUCACAAGAACUUCAUCACUCUCUUCAAUGCCAACUGCGAUGCUUUAAACCCAAAACCAGUAUCUGAAUUAGUCAAAGAAGUCGAAUUGCAAGAACUAGAAGAAAGAAUUAAUUCUAUGCCAAAGGAGAUUCAAGUGCAUAAGAAGAGUGACUUGUCAUU